ACUGGUUAGUCUAAGCUGUCAAUACUCAAAUAAAACGGGUCUGAAAUCUCCCUCAAUAUGAUUUUUGAAGUAGUUUAAAAUCGCAUACUUGGAGUAGUGCGACAUCGCGGUAGCGGGAGGCACCCGGCUUUUAUAAUUCUACGAUUCCUGUAAUGUAACUGUGCGCCGAACCCUGUGCAGCCCCUGAAAAGUCUUGUCAGUGUGCUGCACGUUAGCAUACUUGCUAGCGAAGUUCAUAAAGUAACUGAAGAAGACGGUAACAAAACAGAGGCAGGAUACGCUCAGAGUGACCUAUGCGACUGAAAUUAGCAGGUGAGAGAUGGCGAUGAGAGAGUUAACGGUGGUGACUGGGAGCUUCGUGGGCUUCCAGCUGCUGUACUCGGGCGUCAGCCCUCUCCUGUCAUCGGCACUCUCAGAAGGCUACGGACGCCUCCCGCCCAACAAGCUCAACGAGUGGAACUCCAGGACUGUGUCGACGGUCCAUGCGCUCAUCGUGGGUCUCUUCUGCCUCUACAUCCUGCGCUAUGAUGACGCCGUCAACGCAGACCCCGUCUGGGGAGACCCCAACAUGGUCAAGCUCAAUGUGGCCAUAACGUGUGGCUACCUGCUCUAUGACCUGGUGCUCCUGGCGCGGAACUGGAGCACUAUGGGAGACAGCUUUUUCGUCUGUCACCACUUGGCGGCGCUCUAUGCAUACGGCUACGUCCUGACUCGUGGCGUGCUACCGUAUUUUGCCAACUUCCGUCUUAUUUCAGAGCUGUCCACCCCAUUUGUGAACCAGAGGUGGUUCUACGAGGUGCUGCAGUAUCCGCGCGGGGACCGGCUGGUGGUGGCCAACGGCAUCGCCAUGACAGUGGUCUUCUUCCUGGUGCGCAUCGCCGUCAUGCCCACCUACUGGGAGAGCGUCUUCGCCACCUUCGGCACGCCGGCCUUCGUGCGGCUGGGCCUGGGCGCGCAGGUGGCCUGGAUUGUGUCCUGCGUGUGCCUGGACGUGCUCAACAUCGUGUGGAUGUACAAGAUCACGCGCGGCUGCUACCGCGUCAUCACGGGCGCCUCGGGACGCAAGAACAAGGCCAAGGCCAGCAACGGGGACGGUGGCAAGCACAUCAACAACCACACAGACUAAAAAGAGAAUAACAUACCGUACCGUACAGUACAGUACCGUGCAGUAAAGAAGGCCCUG